AUGAAGCCAAAUAUGCACAAGAUAUUGGAAUGCUGCAAAGAAGCAACAAGAAAGUGGAAAAGCAAUCCCAUUAGUCUGAACUUUUCUAAAAGAUGCAAUAUUAGAAGUAUAGCUAUUGGACUAGGAUGCAGUAAAUCAACAGUUUGGAGAUGGGUGAAAGCAGGGCUGAUCAGAUCUCACACUUCAGCUAUACGCCCUGAUUUAACCACCCCUAACAAGCUGCUAAGAUUAAGGUUCUCCCUAAAAGCUUUAGAACUAGACAGACCACUAAUUUCAGAAAAUGGAGAGGUUUUGUUUGACGGAAAGAUUGGAAUUUUUCCUUUCACAAAACAAGUUCCAGCCAAGAGAAAAAGCAAAAAUAGAAGUGCAGGAACUAUAGAUACUAAGCCUAUCGAAAGCAUAACAAAGGUUGUGACGAAGGAAUUCUUGACCAAUAAGAUCAUACCAGCAAUAAUUGAAAAAUGGUCAGAAGGUGCAAGUAAGUGCAUAUAUAUCCAACAAGACAAUGCAAAGCCACACAUUCUAGACGAUGAUCCUGAUUUUAGGGCUGUUACUGCAUGCAAGACACUUGAUGAUUUGGUUAAGGCGGUUGAGAAAUCAUUUGAGGACCUAUCUGUUGUAACAUUAGACAAUGUGUUCCUAUCACUACAAGGUUGUAUGGUUGAGAUCAUGAAGGCUAGAGGACAUAGCAGCUACAAACUUCCCCCAAUAUGGGAAAUGAAGCUUUAA